GUUAUUGGGCAAACGGGUGCGUUUACGUUUAGAUUGACCUUCUAUCGACACAGCACCCGGGCUAUAACGGCGGCUUCUGCUUCUACGACGGCGGGGACUAGGAAUGGGAACUGAUAAUGAUUCCGAAAGUGAGUUUGAGGGAGAGGGAGAGGAUGGAGUUUCUAAAACAACUGUUAUUGAAUCGUCUUCCCUCGAAGCUAAACUGAAUGAACUAUUGCAUAAGAUUAAAUCAGUUCAAAUCAAAUUGUUUUCGGAUGCUACCAAAGAGUUUGUUAAGUUGCUCAAAACUGACGCUGGAGCUGAAUUGCUUCGUCUUUAUGUCCAAUUUUCUCCUUCGUUGUUGGAGCUUCUAGAAGCUUGGAAGCUCCGACAGGGAAAACCUGGAACAUCAUAUGUUCUAUCUUUGAUUUCGUCCAUUCUGUGUCUUCCCGAGGGGAGAAGAUAUAAUGAUAAAUUGGGUGUGAGUAGGGUGCUUGAUAAGUUUGCUAGAUUGAUUGUUAAUGAAAAGUUGACGGAUGUUUAUAAAGAGUUGAAUAGUAAAGAUGGGAAGCGUCAGAACGCUGCACUUUUUUUGAUGAGUUCGCUUGUCAGGCGUUGUUCAGGGUUGGCUUCCGAGGUUGCAAAGAAAUUUGACUUUAAGCUCCAGGGGUUUUCCAAGCUUUCUGAGUAUAAAAGAAAUCAAAAUGAUAUGAAAAAACAUUCGACUAGAAAGUCUUUUGUUGGGUUCGCUAUGUCGUUCUUGGAGAUGGGGCCAGGGUUAUUGAGGUGGAUCUUGCAACAAAGGGAUAUGUAUUCUGGUGUAUUGAGAGGCAUUGGGAACGAUGAUGAUGAAACUGUUAUAUAUGUUUUGGCUACAUUUAGGGUACUCACUGAAGAGUCCUUAGUGCCACCUGGUCUUAGAAGUGUGCUCUUUGGCAGUGUUACUUUGGAACAGCUUGUGAACAUUUCUGGAAGGGAGAAUGGUGGAGCUGCUGCAGAACUGGCCUACAGAGUGCUUCUCGUGGUUUCGACUGAUCCUAGUAAUGGGUUGAUGCCUGAUUUGGACAGAAAACCUAACCCAUUAAAGGGUAAUCCAACAAGACUAUUAGGGGUCAUGAAAAAGCUAAGAGCGACAGAGGUCAGCUACCAUAAGGACUUACUUUUGGCUACUUUUAGGGGCAGACCAUCCUUGGGUGCAGCUUAUAUGAAUGAGUUCCCAUAUAGCGUUGAAGAUCAUGCAUCGCCUACUUGGUUUUCUUCCGUUACUCUGGCAGCAAGCUUGAUUUCUUCAGUGGCUGUGGGAAAUCCAUUUAGUUUCCUUGAUGCAAUGUCUCAUGAUCCACCUUCCGAUAGUCCAGAUGUACAGGAUAUUCUGAGUUGCAUAUGUCCUCGUCCCCUCAGCAGAUCUGUAGUCACCAAGGGUUUGCUUCACUCUGAUUUUCUUGUGAAACAUGGAGCCUUAAGGCUCCUUUUGGAGGCACUGAAGUUGUUGGAUUCCUUCAUUGGCUCUUUGAACCGCCUUUCUCGUGUGAGAAAUCAGAUGAUGGAAAAAUGGGUAUCGUUGAAGCAGAUUCAGAAUGAGGUUCGAACUUUGCUUCCUGAUACACAGGUCUUGAUGACACUACUUUCUUCGCUGGUUACUCACGGUAGAACUCCAAUGUCUUCUUUGAAGAGGAAACCAAGUUUAGAAAACAUUUUGGAAAAAAGAAGUUUAAAGAAAUUGAAAGCGGAUGCUUUGAAUGAGGAUUCAGACAUUAUUGUAGGUGGAAUAAGUUCUGUUCCUGACAUUUCCAUGCCCGAGGAUCAUGAAAUCGAUGCAGAUGCAUGUAUGACAGAUGAGUUGGACACUGAAAAGGAGUUUUUGAGUGUCAUUUCAGAAAUUUGGGGUUUAUGCCCCAGUUCCAACCCUCUUAUGGAAUUAAAAGAUAUGGAUAUGUACUUCUACUCUAAGCUCAUCGACACACUCAAGAUAUAUCUUCGCGUGGUACCAACUGUAUUAGAGGGAUCUUUUGAUUUCUUCAUGAAUCUUCUGAGCAUUCCAGCAUUACCAAUUGAUCUGCAGUGUUCUCUUCUUUCAUUGCUAAUUGAAUACAUUGGAUGCCCUACGGGAAAUAGGAAGUCCAAUAGAACCCCAUUGCUGAUGUACAGACAUCUGCAGACUUUCAUUAACUUGCUAAUGCUCUCACCAAAUAGUGAUAUAAAGAAUCAAGCUUAUAUUCUGGCGAAAGCAGCUAUGUUGAGUACUGGUGCCUUUGACAGAAACCUGUCUGAAAUUGACGCAUGGUUCUUAUUUUUGCCCAGUUAUAGCAGAACUAAAUCACCUGUUGAGGUGCAAGCAGUAGAAGUGAUGCAGAGCCUCUCUGGAGUUGUUAUCUCAUUCUUAGGUGAUGCAAUUUCCACUAUUGGGAAUAAUCUGUUCAAACAUUGGGAUAUUGUUAGGCAGCAUAUAUCCUACUUAAAAUGCUUUAAAGGUAUAUCACCUAACUUUAGCCCUCUCACUAUAUGUGCCCUCGAUAAGUGUUUUAGAUUGCUCAAUUCCUCAUCUGGAACCUUUUCGUUGUCUGAGAAGUCAAUGAUAUCCUUGUAUGUGUGCAGUACUUUGAAAUAUCUCUUGCAGACACAGGUAGAUGCGGGAUUAUUCUCUGAUUUAAUUCGGUCAGUUUUGUCAAAGGAAAUUGGUGGUCGCCAUUCCAUGGUUUAUGAUUCUGGGGAUUUCUUGUGUGAGUGGAGACCAUUGAAGAGCUUGUUGUACUUUUUAGAAAAUGCAGUGUAUCAACAACCUCAGUCCAUCCUUUCAAUUGACAAAACUGCCAUCGAUGGUGAUGGUUCUUUUGCAAAGAUGCUUGAUGAAGUGAAAAAAACUAUUAGAAAUGAGCAUGGUGGUGAACUGACUGGAAUAGUUAAAGGCUUUUAUUCUGCCAUGCUAUGUGCUACACCUGAGGAUCUAUUAAGGAAUUUUCCUUUGGUUAUGACUAUUUCUCUGAAGCUUGGAGUAGCUCUCCCACUAUUGUCAUCAAUAAUAUUUAGUGAGCAAAAUUUUCUUGUUGGUCUUUCUAAUUUAUGGCCAGAAGUAUUUUUCCCUGGUUUGGAAUUGGCUUUGAUAAUGAUCCAUCAAAAAGGUAACGGUGAUGCUGAAGGAAUGCCCUCUGACAUUGAUUUUGAUACAAUAGAAUCAGCUGCCACAGCAUUUAGUUUGCUUUUGAAGCAGAUUCCCUUUCAUGUGCUAUUUUCUGCAGUUAUAAGUAUUGAUUCUUUUAUUUAUCCGAGCACUCCAAUUCAGGACUUGCUUUUGGCUAAAAGGUCCGAAUGCACUAGUGAUUAUGUCAUUUCCUGUCUGCGCCUUGUAUUAUUUUGGUUCUAUCGUGUACGAUUCUUUUAUAGAAAUAAACAGUUAACUGAACUGGAACGACUUUCUGAUACGUGUUUGAUUCUUGUAAAGAACAUGUUUUCCCAACUGUUGACUUUAAAGCCUGAGUUUGAAUGUUCAACGGAUAGUGAGUUUCUUUUGUUAGCAGAAACAAUAAGAGAAGUGGCAGAAACCAUCUUAUGUCAUCCUGAAGUGAUGUCAUCACUGAAUUGUCCUAUGAGUUGGAAUAAGGAGGUGAGUCAGAUGACAACAGGACUCGUAUGGAAUGAUUUAGAUACAUUUCUGAGUUUAUCUAGGCAAAGGCUUCAUAAAUUAGAUCAUCAAAUCCUGGAUCUGUUGACUGCAACUUUGGGCUACUACUUGUCUGUUUCCAAAAGCCAUUAUUCUGUCAUUGAAGGUGGAGCAAAAAGGAAAUUUCAAAGGGCUUUCAGUUCCUUGGUACAAAGGCUGUUUAUAGACUUAAGGGACAGGUUUGAUUUGUGUAUUGCUAGUGGAGAUUCGCUGCCACUUUUCUCAUCAUUUUGUGCUGUACAUGCUUUGAUUCGAUCUAUAUCUCCUUUGAGCUUCUUGAAUCGGGGCAUUGGAUGUUUAGUAGAAUUGAUGUGAAUGAUGACGGUUGAAAAUGAUCGUGUGAUGUCAGCUCUCUGUGUUGGUUUUUCAAUUGUUGGUGGUGCUUUUGAAGUUCUCUCCGCUUAUUUGCAGCAGCCUCUAAUAAAGAGAAUACCAUAUGAUUUCUUAUGGGAAGUGGAAGAUAAGACUUUUGAUGUUAACCUUUUGGAGGAUAUCUAUGUUAAAGUUUGUAAACUUGCCUGUAAUUUCAAUGUGAAUUUUGCUGAUUCGUGUUUACUCAGAUCUGUUAGUGCUGUGAAUAGGCAAAAAAACAUGCAUAAGCAUGAACUGCAUCCGUCAAGUGUAGCAAUGUCAAGGGUUAUAAUUAGCACUCCUGUAGAAAUGGUUGCUCACUGCAUUUGUAGGACUAGCAUUGUGAAAGCUAAACUGUUGCAUCUUCUUAUUGAGAUGAGUCCCCUGCAUCUCUCUAUCUUUGGGAAAUUAUUUUUAAGCAUCUUAAACAAUAAUUUUCGGUCCAAUGGCAUUUUGACGGAAGAAUUCUCUAGCUAUGCCCUUUCAGAUCAGGAUUAUAUGAUGCUACUUCCGGCUGCUUUAUCAUUGCUAAAUUCAGCUUUUGUGAAAUUUGAGAAGCAUUUUUUCCAGCACUUCAAAACUAUACCAUCUUUUUAUUCGAGGAUGUUGUUGGAUGGUUUCAUGCAUUGGAAGAGCUUUGUGUCCGAAGAUAUAUUUCAGGAGGAGUACAGCGAGACAUUUCCAUCUUCUUCUGAACUUUUUAAUCUGGUUGAUGGAAGUCUUCUUGGGAAAUCAAUUCAGAUGCUGAGAUAUCACUUUUUCUUACUUGGAGAUUCUGUGAAACUGAAAAAGCGAUUGGAACUUUUUAAUUCCCUUUUUGCAUGUUCUGUUACACAUGGAGAACUGAUUGAUUGCGAUGCUGAAAUGGAUUUUAAUUCAGUUAACAAGUCAAUGAAUCAUAUUAAUAAAGUUAUUGCCAAAAUAUCAUUCUGCAAGUUGCUGUUAUUUCCAGAAGAUGAUAAAGUUCUGUUUAUGGCAAAAAAAACAGGUGAAGGUUUGAAAGAAACCUCGUUAAUACCGGGUUCUAAAAAAGUGGACUCUGUGAGAAUGCAUUUUAUGAAUGCUUUAGUGGGUGCAUGGCAAUGGAUGGUUAAGAAAUUACCUUUAGUUCCUGAGCAUUCGACAUCAAUAUUAGCAAGUAAUAGGGAUUGCCAAGGUUUGUACAGAUGUUCAGAAGUUUUCAUCUUGAGAAAUAUUCUUCAACUGACCAGAAAAAUGCAUAGCUAUCUAAUUCAAUUGCAAUCUAUUCCUUUUGUGGAACAGUUGAUGAGAUCCACUCUCGUCCACAGAUUUGAAGAUCCCAAUACGCUGAGAAUUAUAAGAAGCAUUCUUUUGUUGCUGUCAGAAGGAAAUUUUUCACGAGUUCUAUGCCUUCAAAUGUUGCUUGGUCACUCUCAGUUUGGCCCAAUGAUUCACUCUAUCUCUAAACCACCUGUCUCAGAGAUUGGUACAUUUUUCAGGCCUAUGUCCAGUAUUCUAAGGUUGCUUGUUAUCCCUCAUAUCUCUUCAGAUAUGACAGAUGGCAAGGAUGACCAGGAAGCAACUGAAAUGUGUAAGAAGCAGUUAGAAAUUCUUAAGUUACUUAGAGUACUCCUUCAGCCUGGCACUAAUCAGUCUGGUUUUGAUUCUGAAAAUGAUCAUGGCAUAAACCUUAAAGAAUUGCAUUUGUUACUUUUUUCUUCUUAUGGUGCAACACUUAGUGAAAUUGACUUGGAGAUAAACUGUCUGAUGAACGCGAUUGAGUUGAUACAUUCGUCGGGAGGAUCGGAAUAUAUUAAAGAAAUGGAUUACCUUUGGGGCACGGUGGCAACGAAAGUUAAAAAAAAACACCUGCUGGAGCAUGUUGCUUCUACUGAUGUCAUGAAUGAUAAUGAAGCAGUUCAAGAAGGUCGAAAAAAUAAGUAUAGGGAGAAUCUUCCGGUUGACCCAAAAGUAUGUGCUGCAACAGUGUUGCACUUCCCUUAUGAUAGAACUGCUAGGGAGCAUUUAUCCUUGAACAAGUCUCUAACUGAUAAUCUUAUGGAUAUGAUUGAGCCAUGUUCUCUUGGUGCUGGAAAAAAUUUGCUAUAUGAUCCUGUUUUUAUCAUGCACUUUUCAAUUCAUAGCUUGUCGGUCGGCUAUAUUGAACCAGUUGAGUUCACUGGUCUAGGCUUGCUAGCUAUCGCAUUUGUUAGUAUGUCUUCCCUUGAUGUUGGGAUGCGAAAAUUGGCAUAUGAAGUUCUAUCAAGAUUCAAGAUUUCACUGGAGGGGUGUCAGAAGAAAAAAGAUGUUAUGCGACUUCGCCUGUUGUUGAUGUAUAUACAAAAUGGAAUAGAAGAGCCAUGGCAAAGAAUCCCUUCUGUUGUGGCCCUUUUUGCUGCUGAGAUGUCACUGAUUUUGUUGGACACUUUGCAUGAGCAUUAUUCAACCUUAAAUAAGCUUUUGAUGGACUCAUCUAGGGUGAAUAUGAAGCAAAUACCCCUGUUCCAUGAUUUUUUCCAUAGCAAUGCUGUUAACUAUAGGGCUCAACGGCUCUGGAUACUUCGGCUAGUCUAUGCUGGACUUAAUUUAGAGGAUGCUUGGUUGUAUAUCAGGAGAUCUAUUCUAGAGACUCUAAUGAGUUUUUAUGUUUCCCCUCUUUCAGAUGUUGAGUCCAAAAAAAUAAUUCUUCAGAUAUUGAAAAAGUCUGUGCAGUUGCAUAAAACGGCGCAUUAUCUGGUUGAACGCUGCAGUCUGUUUCCAUGGUUGUCAUCUAUUCUCUUAACCUAUUGCGGGGUGCUACUUAUAGAUGAAAAGAAAUGUUUCUCAACUGAGUUGGCUCUGGUUAUAGAGAUUGUCAAAGUGGUCAUUUCAUCAAACGAUAUCACUGAAUGGUUGCAAAGCUGCGCCCUUGAACAGCUGAUGUUACUUACAUCUCAUCUAUUUAAGCUUCUAGUCAGCGGCAAGAAGUUGAUAAAUGAGUACGCCGCUUUUGUUGGUCCAACUUUACAUAUUAUCAUAUCAACUUUAAAGCUUUCCCAUAAAAGGCAUAUGUACCAACCUCAUUUUACUCUAUCAGAAGAGGUUUUAUUUCAAAUCUACCUUGCUGUUAGUGAAGAUGACAUUCAAAGAUGUGGUGCAAAUGCCAAGUUUGCUCUUGAAGCUAUACUUUUGAGCGGGCCUCUUGACAUUUUCUGCAUGAAUCAAGAGCAGCUCUCAAGUUUUCUUAUGUGGGCUACUUCUAAUGCUUUGAAUUCCAAGCCUAGAAAUGCAUUUCAGUGGCAAGAAUCCGGUCUCCAUAUUCCAAUCGUCUCAAGGGAAGCAUCACACGAGGAGUCGUUCACAUCAAAACUUUUACGCUGGCUUACUGCUUCUAUAAUUCAUGGGAAGCUCUCUUGGAAUUCUAACAGUUCAACUUCCAAAGUUUGCGCUCGAUCUAACUUGAGAACUCUUCAGUCUUUGAUGGAAUAUGUGGCAAAGGAGGAUAAAGAAGGCAACAAAAGAAGCCGUGACUUGGAGGAGAUGUUAGCAGCCCAAAUGAUUUAUCUCCAGCAGUCUCUAGGCAUAAAUUGUAGUGUUCUUCCAUCAGUUGUCUCUGCACUUAGUCUCCUACUCCUUUCUGAUGAUUCCAAAUCCACAGGAUCGGACUUCAUGCAUAGCUUUAGGACGUCGACGAUGACCCUGUGUUCAAAGAUACGCUGCCCACCCGAACUGAAUCCAGCUUGGAGAUGGUCAUUUGGGCAGCCAUGGGAGGAUGAUUCAUCUGAACUCAGUGAGUUGGAGAGGAUUGACGAGCUUCAUGCCUGCCAAUCAUUGUUAUUGACUCUCGGGAAUGCGCUUCGGGGGAAGCCUUCAGAUUUUCAGGGUUUAUCACUGCAAGAUGUGGACAACUCUGGUGUAUUUAAUUGGGAAACAGGUAUUUUACAGACUUCUCUGUUGAAUUAAUGAAACUUUUUCUCUUAC